AGAGGCUCUGGUUAAACGGGAACGAGGCGCGGCAUCGUCCCGCGGUCCCUGCCCUGGGGACUCUGACCCCGUGGGCCGGCGAGGGGAGCUGAGGCAGGCAGUGACGAGCGGCCACACAGCCACUGGGACGGAGCCAGCGAGGUGCCCAACAGGAUGGAUCCCACUUUGGAGCUGGCAGAUGACCCCAGGUUCUCCCGCCCUUUGGUGGAGAUGCUGAUCAGGAACUUCAGCGUGCCGGCAGCCUGCUUCUCCCUGCCGCCCACCUCCCGGCAGCUGCUGCACCAGCUGGACAUGGCCCAACUCAUCAUCCUGGGCCUCUGCACCAUCAUGACGCUGCUCUCGGUUGUGAUCUACGUGGAAGAGGUUUCAUACCUCUUCCGCAAGAUCCGCUGCCCUAUCAAGAUGAAGACACUCUGCUGGAGCAGCUCAGCCCCUACGGUUGUGUCAGUGGUCAGCUGCUUUGGCCUAUGGUUCCCACGCUCCAUGAUGGUGGUGGAGAUGGCUACCACAGCGUACUUCGCUGUCUGCUUCUACCUGCUGAUGCUGGUCAUGGUGGAGGGCUUUGGGGGGAAGGAAGCACUGCUCAGCACCCUGAAGGAUGUGCCCAUGGUGGUCAGCACUGGGCCCUGCUGCUGCUGCUGCCCCUGCCUGCCCCGAAUCACCAUGAGCAGGAAAAAGCUUAAAUUGAUGAUCCUGGGGACUUUCCAGUACGCCUUCUUCAAGGCAGUUGCUGUCUUCCUGGGGCUGAUCCUGGCCACCGAUGGGAAUUACAACCCUGCUGACAUUUCAGGAGAGAGCGUGGCCCUCUGGAUCAACACCUUGGUUGGUGCCUCCGCCCUCUUUGGGCUGUGGGGCCUGGGCAUCCUCUUCCGGCAGGCCCGGCUGCACCUGGCUGAGCAGAACAUGCAGGCCAAGUUCACCUGUUUCCAGAUCCUGCUCCUCCUGACGGCGCUCCAGCCUGCCAUCUUCAGCAUCCUGGCCAACAACGGCAGCAUCGCCUGCUCGCCGCCCUUCUCCUCCAAGGCCAGGUCACAGCAGAUGAACGUGCAGCUGUUGAUCCCGCAGACCUUCAUCCUGGCGGUGCUGACGCGGAUGUACUACCGCAAGCAGGACAACAAGCCGGGUUACCAGCCCGUCAGCUUCACACCCACAGGCGCUGACAUCAAAGCAUGAACAGGAGGGACAAACUGGGUGCCAAGGGGUAGAGUGGGGUGGGGGGCUGGUCUACCCUGCACAACCUUCUCCCCUGGCCCUGGGGAGCUGCUGGCAGCAGAAGAGGCAGAAGGGGAAAGAACAUCUUGGAACAGAAUGGAAGGGUCUGAAACCUAAAAGCCUUAAGUCAAGGUGGUCCAUGAAGCCACCUCCAGCCCAUGGGCUCUUGUCUAGCACUGAGUAAAGAGAGAUUUUUACUAGA